UCUACGUGGGGAAGAAAGGUUGGUCGCACCGUGUUUGAACACCUAAAACACUGGUGUCCAAUCCAGGUUAGCUCCGUCUCUCUCUCUCCAUGUCCGCCCGGUCCUUCUCGCCGUCCCCUCCUCCUUCCUCCGGCAGGCAAAUGGACGCGUUGAGCGGCAGCCGGGGCGUAUAAAUGGGACGGGGAGCGGACGACGGGCUGUAAUGCUGCGCCGGGUGCGGCAGUCUCUCCGGCAGGUGCUGCUUCUGAUGGCCCGGAGACCGGACCUGCUCUGCGGGGCCAUCGUGCUCGGAGUCCUGCUCGUCCUCGCCGUCAAGUUCACAUGCAGCCGAGCCAAGAAUGUGGUGGCAGCAGCUCGCCCUCCGGUGCGGUUCUUCUCUCCAGACGCCCCGGUGGUUGACCUUUACUUGGGUCAGUUAGACCAGGUGGAGCGUCUCAGGAGCGUGGCCGAGGUUUCCCUCAUCUUCUUCUACGCACCGUGGUGUGCUCACUCCAUGGCCGCGCGUCAGGAAGUGCAGCAAGUAGCCAAGAAGCUGGCCAAACAGGUGCAGUUUGUGGCAGUGAACUGCUGGUGGAGUCUGGGGAAGUGCAGGAGACUGAACCGCUUCUAUCAGUAUCCCAUCAUCCACCUGUUCUACAGAAGGUUUGGGCCGAUUGAGUACAAAGGUCCUUUUGUGGCCACGUACGUAGAAAGUUUCAUCCUGAGAGUCAUCACGCCGCUGACUUACCUCCCAUCCAGAGCGCACGUUGAGGAGUUCCUGGCGUAUCACGAGUCUCGAGUGGUGGGCUUCUUCCAGUUUAACUCGUCUCCACAGCCACCGGGGUACCUGACCUACCUGUCCUCAGCCCUGCAGGCUCUGAAAAGGGACUUCCGUGGCGCUGUUCAUUUUGGGGUAGUGACCAACAGGCAGGUGGCGGAGGCCAUCCCUCUCAGAGACGAUGAAACGGUUUACCUCCACAGAAGAUUCAACUCCUCGCUGAUUUUCCCUCGAAGGGAGCGUAACUUCACAUCAGAGGCCAUCUGCAGUUGGGUGUUUGAGCACCACGAGACCGUCCUCCAGUGGCUUCAGCCUCCAGGGACGAAAUCCCGCCUGCUGGAGAAGGAGCUGAGCAAAGGACCCGCACUGCUGCUGUUCCUGCCGUACAAUCCACUGGGGUCGAAGCCCAGCGCUGCACUCCAGCAGGUUGCAGACGUCGCCGUGCGCUACCACUCCUGCAACUACAGCGAGGAGCUGGACGAGCGCCUCCUCUUCUCCUCACUGUGCUGCCAGUCGGUGCUUCUCCCAAAUUCAAGUACAAAUGUGUGCGAGGUGUGCGUCAGCUCCUCGCAGCCCAGCCUCGCCGCCUCGUCUGCUCACUGCUCGUUUCCCUCCGCCGCGCGGCGACAGGCGUUUCCCUCCUAUCUCCGACACUGCUGCCUGCACCAUCUACCUUCCGUGUCCAUAAAGACUGCCGCCUCCGCAGGCUGCAGCCACUUUCUGAGCAGCUACAGUCCGUUCAGUCACUACAGUGCCUGCUGCAGGGACGUUCAAGCUCAGCACACCGAGCCUCAAGCCAAAGAGGAGCCAGGCGUUCCCCCCACGCCGCCUGCUUCGCCAUCCGUCCCCCAGCAGGAGGACGACGGCAUCACAGGGCUCCGGUGUCAGACCAACAGGACGCUCAGGUUCUAUGUGCUGGAUGCAGAUCUGAACUGGCCCCUGGCGCUCAGACUCGGGGCUCCAAACAACAGCAGUGCUUCCGGGUCGCAGGGCGACUCGAGCGGCGACAGGACGUUUGCAACCAUCGUGCACCUGAAGGACGAGGUUCAUUACGUCCUCCGCCGCAGCCCGGCAGCCACGCUCACCGAGUCUCUGGAGGCCUUCAUCAGGAACUUCAGUGCUCCGUACAGCCUCUUGCAGAGACACUUGGUCGGGGAACCGGACAAGACGGACAGAGGAGAGGAAGAGAAGCGAGCGGACGAGCGUCCUCCCGCUCCUCAGCGCCGCCUCCUCUCAGAGCUGAGCACCUCCUCCUUCCUGCCCGCCGUCAUGGACCAGCAGAAGGAUGUGCUGCUCUUCUACUACACUCAGUGGUGUGGAUUCUGCUCCGUUCUCAACCACAUCAUCAUCCAGCUGGCCCGACUGUUACAAGGAAACAGCAACAUCACUGUGGCCAGGGUGAACGUUGCCCGUAACGACCUUCCCUGGGAGUUCAUGGUCGACCACGUUCCCUCCAUUCUCCUCUUUCCCAGAUACAGGAAACAUCAGAGCGUGAAGUUUCCUGACGAGCUUCCCAUCACGUUGCCCAACCUGCUGCACUUCCUGCUGCUGCACGCCGACUCUUUACGGCGCGCGGACGACGCCUCCGUGGAGCCGCAGCAGCCGGGCCCCGGCGCCGUGCUGCGGGCGGAGUUGGCGGCGCUCCAGCGCGAGGUCCAGGCCCUGCACCACGCCCGCGAGCGCCUCUCCCAGCAGCUGGCGCAGCUGUGGCGCGACAACCGCCGGCUGGCCUUCGAGACGCGCAGCCUGGAGGCCGAGAACGCGGCGCUGCAGCAGGAGCGGCGCAGCCUGGAGGAGCAGCACCGCGAGAAGAGCCGGCAGCUGGGCGAGGCCGUGCGGCGGCUGCAGGAGCUGGCCGACACCUCGGAGAGCCUGCUGAACGAGAACAUGCUGCUCAGGGUCCUGCUGAGGGCGAUGAAGGACAGGACGGAGGCCCGGGAGCAGGCCGAGGCGGAGAGGACCGAGGCGGAGCAGACGAGAAGCCACAUGGCCUCCUGAGAACAACUCCGCAGGGGGAAAAAAAAAACCACGGAGGAAAAAAACCAGGCUCAGCGAUUAAGGAAGAGCUGAAAUCAAAGAGGGGGAGAAAGCUG